ACUUUUCCUUACCAUUUUCGGUUAUCCCGAUUUAUAAAAAAAGAUUAUGCUCCGUGAAAAAAGUGAAUAUAAUUUGCCAUUUUCGAACGUCUUCCUCAGAAAUCGCAGAGAUGCUCUGUCGUUUUUAUAAGUAGUAACCAUUAUCAUCUAAUAGCCUUUGGUUUCUGCAUCCUCCACGAAACUUCUUCCACCUUCUAAUUUAUAAGCAAUGUCUUGGGAUGACGAAGAAGAAACUGAUAACAAAUGGGAUUUUAAAUGGGGUGAACUUAAGGAGAAAUCACACAACAGUGUUCAUCUUUACGAGUCAUUUAUUUUCGAAGGGGUUGAGUAUUUUCUCUAUGAUUGUGUUUAUUUGCAACCACCAGAUGAUUCAGAGGCGCCUUACAUAGGGAAGAUUGUCAAGAUUAUGGAUCAUCCAAGCUAUAGGAGGAAACUUAAGAUAAUAUGGUUUUUUCGGCCUUCUGAUUUACCAAAUUGGCUUCGAAUCCGAGAGAUUACUUACCUUGUGCACGAGAUAUUCUUAGCGUCUGGGAAAGGUUCAGGCGUUGCCAACAUCAAUCCUGUGGAAGCAAUUUUGGGGAAAUGCAAUGUGAUUUGCACAUCAGAGGACAAAAGAAACCCACAACCUUCUAAUCAAGAACUAAACACGGCUGAUUUUGUGUUCUCCCGCACAUUUGAUGUCCACGAAUGCACUUUUACGGAUCAACUGGAUAACAAUAUAUCUGAAAUUGCAGUCGAGCACUUUUUUAAUAAUAAAGAGUACUCAAAGCUGAGCAGAUAUCAGGAAUCCAAAGAAGUAGAGAACCCCAAAUCUAGUGGUCCUGCUAUGAACAAGAUAAAGGCUGCUACUAUCGACCAAACUAAAGAGGCUAAGCUGAAACCUGUUGAAGGUUUAGUGUAUCAUUCGGGCUCAUUUCAGAGUGGUUCUUUUGAGGAAAAUGUUAGGCUUGGUGAUUUGCGGAAACCACCUUCGCUUUCCUCUCCUCCAUUACAAGGCGGAGAAGUUAUGGGUAAUGCAGCGGGGGCACGAAAGCCAAGAAUGAGAUGCAAGGAUCCUGCAAUGUUACAUGUAAGACAUGACCAGCCAGUUGGCCUGGACAGAAUUAAAGCAAAUCCUGAAUUGGCACAAGGGGGUGAUAUGCAACUCGAUUUUCAACAUAAGAAGACAAAAGUAACAGCAGCGGAGUCUUUUCAACCAGCUAAUCGAGGGAUCUUAAGUAGCACGAACCUAAACAGAGGGAUCUUAAGUAGCACGGGCCUAAAUAAACUUACCAAGUUUACUGAUAAAGAAGUUGCUCUUAAACCAGUGCCCAAGAAGUUCACCACAGCUGAUACCUACUACCUUAAGAUGAAAAAAUCUCUGAACACCAGAUGUGCCGACAUCAAAGAGCCAAAAAAAGAUUCUAUUCAACACGAUGAAGGGAUCUUCAAUCCUAUAAUUCCUAGUAAGAGAUCAACCAAAUUUCCAGAUAGAGAAGUUGCUCCUGAAAAAGAUUAUGCUAUGCAUGAUCAAUUGGCAGAAAAGAGCAGAGCUGAUAUUCAACGUCUUAAAAAACCAGACCUGGUUGAAAGAAGAGAAACAGUACGUGCCAAAGAUCUUGGAGAACAUUACAGAGGGAUAACUAGUACUGAGAAUCUUAGUAAUAGAGUGACCAGGCUUCCAAAUGAGGAAGCACCUGAAGCUUCCCAGGUUAAGAGAAUGUUCUCAAGUGAUAGCCUCACUUCGGAGACCCAGCAAAAGGAAGAUGUUACAUGGGAGCAAAGAAUGGAUCUUGCCUGUGAGAAAGGAACCCUUGUUCAACUUCAAAACUUGGACCCGUCCUAUGCAUCAGGUGAAAUUGAGGAUAUAGUAAGGACCUAUUUGAACGUAAGGUGCACUGCAAAGGUGUUAGAACAGAGUACAUUCUCUAGCCCUCACAAUGGUCAAGCUCUUUUGAUUUUCAAAACAGAGGCGCAGGCAGAGAUGGUGAUUAGCGAAUUGGGCAGUAGGUGUCUAAUGCUUCCAAAUGGAAGACCCCUAAUUGCUCAAAGAGGAGUUCCAAGGGUUUUGCGUGACAAAUCAGCAACAAUGAUUGGCCAUCUGAUGGUGAAUAGAAUGAACAAGAAUCAAGAGUGGCCAAAGGCAUUAUCAACGUCACAUUGUGCACAACCUAACACUAUCGAGUACGAGCUGGCUUUAGAUUGGAUUCUAAUGCAGAAACGGUCGGAAAAGUUUUGGCGAACCCUUUAUGAGGUGAUCAUCAAAGAACUCAAUGGUCGACGGCUCAGUGUGUUUUCCUGAACAAGUUAAAAGUUGUUGAGUUGAGGACCUACAAGCCAGUGGGUCAUGGGAAGGAACUGGCUGCUCUAAAGGCCGAACUAAAGCAGUAGUGGUUGAAGUUUGACGAGGGAAAAUGUGAUCGCUGGUGUAAAUCUUAUUCAAAUGUCGGUAAUCGGUAUCUAAUUCAAGCAGAAGGGACAAGUAUAUGCUAAUAACAUAAUGAUGACUUACAAGGCUAGUACUAGUACGAUAAAUACUUGCAAAUCCUGAGUUCGUAUGGGAAGAAUUCUUGUAAAUAUUUCCAAAUAUUGGGCAUAACUGUAAUUUAACAAUCAUUAGUUACAAUCUUUGCUGUAAUUACUCAAAUAUAUAUAUUUAUCAAUGGUACCCCAUGACCAUUUUUUUAUCCA